AUGGAGACUGCAACAAGUGUCAACCAACAUGAGCUGAUCUCAUCAUUCGUCGAGAUCGCUGCUGGUCAAACCAUAGAAACCGCAACACGAUUCCUAAAGGCAACAAGCUGGAACCUUGAAGAAGCCAUAAACCUUUUCCUCAUCCAUAGACGUAAUCAACCUCUUUGUCAUCAAAAAUCAUCAUCAGAACAGUAUUGGAGUGAUUAUCAACAAGUAGAAGAACAAGUCCCUCUUCCUCGACCAUCGAUUAGGGAUACUCUCUAUGAUUCUUCUUCCAUGCCUAAAACCCCGGUCAAAGUAUGUCCUGAGGAGAUAUGGGAGCCGGACACACAAGAACCGUCCGGUUCGGCCUCUGUUGGAUCAGAUAUCAGUUUGUCUUCUUUGUACCGUCCUCCUCUGAAACUUGUUUUCCAAGGAACGUUUGAAGACGCGAAAUCAGCUUCUUCUAGAAAGGAUCUGUGGUUGCUAGUGAAUCUCCAAUCCAAGAUCGAGUUUGCUUCUCAUGCUCUUAACAGAGAUUUAUGGUCAAACGAAGCUGUUUCUCAAGCCAUCGAGUCUAGCUUCAUCUUAUGUCAAGUUUAUGAUGAUACCACUGAAGGACAGAAAAUCUCUACUUUUUACAAGAUCGAAUCUGCUCCUCCUGUGGUGCUUCUCAUUGAUCCAGUCACUGGCCAGAAGAUGCGUUCUUGGAGCGGCUUCAUCGAAGCUCAGGGUUUUGUCGAGGAUUUGAUGAAGUACAUCGAUGCUGGUCCUCAUGAACACAUUGCUUCUCUGACAAGUAACAAACGCAUCAAAACAGAGAAGCUUAGUUUUCCACACAACAACAAGGCUGAUGAUCAAGACAUGGCUACCUUCUUUGACAAGGAUUUUAAAGAGUCUUCAGAAGGAGAUAUUUUAAAAAUUUCCGAAAAGGAGGAGUCUUGUUCGUCAAGCAACCAUAUUGAUCACAUCAUGGCACCUUCUUGGGGUGAAGAGUUGGAAGAGUCUGCAGAAGUGGAGGAGGAGGAGACUUGCUCAGAAGAAAAGUUUCCGGUAUUGACAGAUGAGCCAAAGGGAUACUGCGAUCGAAGUAUUGUGUGCAGUCUUUGCGUUCGAUUUCCAGAUGGGAGAAGGAAACAGAGGAAGUUUCUCAAGACUGAACCGAUUCAGCUGCUCUGGUCUUUCUGUGAUUCUCUCAUGGAGGCAUCCGAGAAAAAGGCGUUUAAGUUGGUGCAAGCGAUUCCUGGUGCUUCCAAGACUCUGGACUAUGGAGCUAACUUGACUUUCGACGAAUCUGGGAUCGCUAACUCGAUGAUCUCGGUUACUUGGGAAUGA